UCUCGCACAUGCGAGAUUCAGAAUGGCGGACAGUCCGAGAAGAAUGUUUGGCUGGUAACAGCUAUGUUUCUGCAAAAUAUAGCAAUUCUGUGCAUAUAUUCUUACUAUUUUAGGAAUGAUGUAACCCAUUAAACUCUUUAAUAUGGUGAAAAAGAAACAAAAAGGCACCAAGUCAACGAAAAAACAAGGUGAACAAUGGCAAAAAGAAGAUGUACAGGUUCAUACAGGAUUACCACCACAAGUUGAAGGCCAGCUACGAUGUUUUCUCCGAGUGUCCAUUCCAGAGAUUGUAUGGGUGUCUCCAAGUCCACCUGUUGUCACUCAUGUCAGAGUUAAGUGGUGGGGAGAGGAUGGUGAUGGAGCUUUAUUCAGACCCUUAGAUGUAAAGCAGAAUGAUAAAGCUUCCAGUAAGACCAUAGCCAGAUACCCCAUCAGAUCUGGUCCCAAACAGUUUGCCUCCUACCUAGGAGACAUGGGCAGUAUUAUACUGGAAAUAUUAAGUGGUCCUUUGUUGUUAUCUGUGGGCUAUGCUGAAGUCACACAGAUUGGACAGUUGUCACCUAAUCGUCCAGUUAAAGGAUUUUACCCAGUUUUCACAGAAGAGGAACAAAAGAUAGCAGAAAUCCAAGUAUCACUUGUUCUGGAAUCGCUUAUGGCUUCCUAUGACAGCAAUGGAUCUGUUCCAACAACAGAUAUAAGUUUUGAAACACAAGCUACACAAGAGUCCAUGUAUCCACAGAGGAAUCAUCCUGUUCCACAUUCACAGGCUCCACGUAAACCUGUAGAUGAUCCAUUUAUUUCUCCAGCUUCACAUCAGAAUGUGGAUGGGGCAACACAGAAUGGUUUUGCUGAUUAUGCAUCAGACCUUCGUCAGCAGCUCAACUACAGCAUGAAUGACAUGCCAUCCAAUCAUAUCGCUCCUGUCAGAUCUGGAAGUACUGUUAACAUAACAACCAAUGGAGAUGUUGUGACUACAGAUCUGAGUUUCUAUGAUCAAAAUCCUAAGCCUAAGAAGUCUAACGGCAGACCCAGUCCUUCUAAGACUGAGUCAGAUAGGAAUCUGUUAUCGGUUUUGCUAGAAAGAGGCAAUAAGUUACGAGACCAGAUGAUAAUAUCAAGUAUAGAUGACGAUAAAAGAAAGGGUCCAGAUGUUGCAAAUGGACCAGACUUCAGUAUGAAUGGUGUCGACUUAUCAGGAAUGUCUGACAGGAGAGGAUCCGCUGGAAGUUUCCUCAAAGAAAUCUUAAAAGCUGACAAUGAAAAUGACGUAGAUUUAUCUGCCUUAGAUUCCAGAGCUGUAGAUCUUAUGUUUGGUGGAACUGGAGCUUUUGAUUAUAAUAUGAUGAUGAACGGUGGUCCUGGUUCUAGUAUAUCAGAUGAUAUGGAUGUGAUGAGUGAUCCUGGAGAUCCAAUACACAGUGAAUCAAUACUACAAGAGCUAUUCUACAAAAAUCCUGAAUCUGAAGUAAGUGACCUGAGUGAGUUAAGUGGAGAUGAGUCAGAUCUGAAGAAGACAAAGUCAGUAAAGAGACGUGCUAGUACAGCAUCUGUUGAAGAUCCGUCUAAUCAAAGGCCACCAUCAAGGAGAUCAUCAAUAUCAAGUUUAACCUUCCCAGAACCACAGGAGACAGAGGACAAACCUAAGAAAAAGAUCAAAACUCCAAAGAGAAAGGCAAGGUUAAAGACCAAACGUACAGGAAGUAAGAAACGUAGACGAUCACGAAGCAGUGCCAGAAGUACCGCCAGUGAAUACAGCGACAGUGACAGAGCCUGUACACCACGGUCAGAAUUAUCACAAGUAUCUUUUGAUUUACCUGCUUCUGAUUUGGAUGAACCUGAGCAUGAUGAGCCAUCACGAAGUAAAAAAGUAGAUGGUUUAAGUGUAGAAAGGUUGACAUUACUUGGCCGAGUACAUGUAGCUCGUGUUGUGAUUGAUGCUCUUCAUCUUACUGGACAGGAGCUCAAUACAUCGUCAUCAUCGAAGAAAAGUUUUAAGUUUAAAACAGUAGGAAGACCUCCAAAGCCUUCACCUAAAGCUAAGAAGUCCAUGACAUACUUCAUAGAGUACCAGUUUCCAGUGGUAGCCACAUCUAGAGAUAAAUAUUCACCUAAUGCUUUGGCCACAGAGGUGAUGAGGGUGGCAUCCAAGAAAGUCAGUAAUGGGUUGGUACAGUUUAAUCAUCGAUCUGUCUUCCCUAUUAUGUUUGAUGGUAAUGCUGUAGAUAAUUGGUGGAAAUCUGCUCUCGUGUUUAAAGUUUAUGGAAGAUCAGCAGGACAGAAAGUGCCAUCAUUGAUUGGAAGUUGUGGUAUACCUAUGAAGUCCGUGUUAAAAUCAGAAUCACUUUUUGUUGAUAGAGAAUUAGAAAUAAGAGAAUCUAUAAACAAAAACUCAUCCAUCAACUCAUCAAUACACAAAAGUGAUUUAGAUGGUCUCUAUGGCAACUUAAAGGUUUCCAUUGAAUUAGCUUCUGACAGUAAAGACUUUUCUACACAUCUGGCUCGUACAAAGCUUGCUGAAAUGUCUGGCAAAUCUAAACUGGUUCCCAUUCCUGCUCCAGUACCACACAAACCACGCCCACCUCCUGCUCCGUCACAGAAUGUCGUUCAUACACAACCAGAACCACAACACUUGACUACACAACCUCAGUUCAACAAAGGUUCAUCGAGAACAUCUAGUGCUGCACAGAUUCAACCAAUUCCAAAACAAAUAAGUCAUCAGUCACAAUAUACAGAUUAUAGUCCUGAGCAUGUAACUCUUCACACUUUGUUACUGGUACCUGAAGGCAGGGGCAUUUCAACACAGGGCAUACCAUCUUUAGUAUCAAUGAAAAGGCAUCCAGUAUUUCCUGUACAGCCACAUGCAUUGUCGCCUCCAGGUGUGAAGGGCCGUGAUAUGAAUGUGAGAAACACAUAUUUAGUGUGUAGAAUGUUUUGGUGUGAUGAUGCUGUACAUUCCAAUGUGUGUUGGGGAACAGCUGAUCCAGCAUUUCAUUUUUCUCAGGUUGCUCCUAUGUUGAUGUCAACCGCUCUUUUAGAGAGAAUGAGAAACAAUUUUAUGGUUAUAGAAGUAUGGGAUAAGAAAACUUCAGCAGAAAGUGAUCAGUUGAUUGGCAUAGUCAAGAUCAGCCUGCAUCAGUUUUAUAUGUCAUUCAGGGAUAAGAAAAUUGCAAAUACUCUUCUUAAAUCUCAGUUUCCUGUGAUAGCCCUUGAUAACUACCUCCCUAUUGUUAAUCCAUUAAAUGGGUCACAGUUUGGACAGCUACAAGUUUGUCUAGCCAUUGGCUCAGCUGAACAGGUUGCUGCCCUGCAAAGAAUCAAACUUGAUGGUGUGGCACCUAACCAUUUGCCAGAGAGACCCCAACAUUAUUUGGAAAGGAAUGAUCUACAGCAGUCAGAUGACAUCAGUCCUCCACAUAUUGGUACAGAAUCAAUUGUGGAGCACAUAUUUGAAGUAGUAAUAGAAGGCUUGAGAGGUCUGACAGCAUUUGAGAACAUGAUGUGGGGAGAAGCAGAUUGUUUUGUACAGUACCAUUUCCCAGCUCAAUCAAAUAAUCAAGUCAAAGGAGCACCUGUUAUCAAACAUGCUGUGCCAAGUAUGAAGUCUUUUAGAAGUGCUACAACAUUAUGUAUACCUGAUCCUACUUUUAAUGAUGUUACACGACAUAGAAUCGUUCUUUCAAUGGGAACACCUGUACAGAGAGAAUUACUCACAGCUUGUGCUAGGACUGGAGGGGGAGGUCUACCAUUUGAGGUGUGGUGUAGAUAUUAUCAUCCUAAUGUUAGAGAUCAGUGUAUAGCCAAGACAAACUUGCCACUUGCCAAAUUAUGUGCUAUGGUUACCAUGCAGAAGAGAGGGGAGCCAUCAGUUCAAACUUUUGCCUUGCCAUUAACUCAAGUAGGAACAGAUUCUGAAAUGAAGGAUCCCGAGUCCAAAUCAAAGAUGAAAGAGUCUGGAUUAAUGGAUGUGACCAUACACUACAAAACUAAUACAAUACAGAAUGAAUUGAAUGCAGCUUUACAGAAGAAUCUGUCUGGAUCUCAAGUCUGUAUAUCUGUCAGUGUCAUUAGAGCCACUGGAUUAAAGGCAGCAGCUGAAUCCAUAGCCCAUCUUGAUACAGGGAUGCAGUAUCCUGCUGAAGUUGGUGUCAACUCAUAUGUCAAAGUCAGACUCUCUUUCCUUCAGAAACAGGAUGAGAGAUUAACCAGAACAAUAGCCAGAACAUUCUGUCCUGAAUAUUCUCACCAUAUGGAUUUCCCAUGUCCUUUGUUAUGGACAGAACCAGACAGUGAUGCCAUGACCUUAGCUGAAAUUCUAGAGUGUGGAGAAAUAACACUGGAAAUCUGGCAUCAAGUCCCUGGCAUGUCCUCAGAUUUCGACAGACAUUUACUGCAGGAUAUGGACAGUGGAAUUAAAGGGAGACAACUUCUAGGAAAGACUGGAGAUGUUCUGCUAGGAACAGUAACUUUGUCAUUAGCAUCUUUACUAACUCACAGAACAGGAAUAACUGGUUGGUAUGCCGUGAACUCACCGCCAUCAGGUUGGAAUGAGGACACCAGUUAUACAGAGGAGACAAACAGUGGUAACAGAGGUUUAGAACGUGUGGUAGGAGGACUAGAGAUGGCUGUCAAGUUUGCUCAUCACAAUGAUAGGGAGAGAGUGAUACACACAGCCAGAGGUGUAGGAUGGUCCCCUAUAGAACUCAAUGUAGAGGAGGAAGACGCUUGGGAAAGUGAUGAUGAAGGUAGCGGCAGAUAUCAGAAUGUGACAGUAUCAGUAGACCAAGUCUCCUUCCCUGUCCAGAAUGCACUAAUUACAGGUCAAAACAGUCUGGAUAAGUCUGCAAGAUGUUAUGUUAGAUAUAAAGUCUAUGAUAAAGGUGCUGUUGUAUCCAAGAUUAUGCCUAUGUCUGUGAACAGUGAAGGUUAUAUUGUAUCACAGUUAAAUCACAAUCACAACUUCCAGAUAUCGGUUACUUCUCCAUAUAAGUGGUAUUUACGAGAGGAGAAAUUAGAAAUCCAAAUUUGGGUAACAUAUGCCAGUCGUAAGCACCAUAAAAAUAAACCACAACAUAGAGACAAGCUAAUUGGUACUGCAUACAUAGAUAUGGAAUCACUUAACGAUGAAAGGAGAAAACAACAUAGAGUCAGUGGAAUGUAUCCCUUGUUUAAACCUGGAUCUUCUAGUUUAGGUGGUGCCUUUGCAAGGGCUCAUAUAACCUCCAAACCACAGUUUGGCCCUCUCCAUCAGGAUCAAAGUGAAGAUGAUUUGGAAGACGAGUUAUCUGAAAAAUCAGUGACAGAGGAUCCUGAUUAUGAUCCAAAUGACAGCUUCCACCAAUUGUCUAGCCUUAAGAAGGAGAAGUCUAAGAAAUCUAAUCUGAGUGUUGUUGAAGAGAAAGAAUCAUCAGUGUUUAGUGUUGUGAUCUCUAUAGACAGAGCCAUGCAUUUACCACAUAUUGUUGACAAAUCAAGAUCUGAUGAAAGUCAUCCCAAUGCUUAUGUGUCUUACCAGACCUCAGAAUCAUCAACUCCGUCCUACACAGCAGUAUAUCACAACUCAGAUAGUCCCAUCUGGGAUCAUCAACAUGAAACUAAACUUAGUACAGAAUUACUGUAUCAGGAAAAUAAGAAUUUAGUGCUCAAAGUUUGGCAUAAACCUCAUGGUGCUUCAAAAGAACCAGACAAAUCAGCUGAUCGAGUGUUAGGAUUUGUGUCGGUAGAUUUAACUCCCCUGUUGUCAGGGUUACAGGCAAUUUGUGGUUGGUACAAUAUAACAGACUUCAAUGGCCAGUGCAAAGGACAAAUUAUGGUAAACAUAUGUCCACAGGAUUCAGUGACACAGUACAACUUAUCUGAACACGGAGUUCAACCGACCAGUUUACCUGCUGGUGUCAGUACAUCUGGAAUCUGGUUCUGUGAUCCACCGAUGUCACUACCGACAACUACUGCUCCCUUUACCAGCAAUCUACCUCACUUUAAUGCACAUUAUGAUCAGGUCCAAAAUCACCAUCAACAGUUACAACAACAGCUUAGCGAAAAUAUACGAACAUUCCUUCAGAGACAUGAGGAGAAUCAGGAAUCUCCUGUAUCUACUCUCCCGUCCAAUGUCACUCUUCAGACAAGUCUGUCAUCCAGUGUGCCGUCCCUCAGCCAAGUGCCAAGUCUUUCAACUGCCCACUAUGAUGGUGGUGCCAGUGACUCCUCUAGGUCAUAUUUGUUUUCAUCACUCAGAAAACAAAUGCAGGACUUGGACGAGAUAACAUACAAGCUCAAACAGAAACUGGUAACCUCUCCACCAACAACAGGAAGUUCAUUCUAUGUUCAGCAUCCACCUCAGUAUGUUACAUCUUAUGACACUCCACACUUGAACCAAUCAGGAUCAAGUAUACCAGUCACAUGUCAGUCACAACAGUUGGCUAACUCACUAACUCAGUCUGGUGUUUCUACCUUAUCUUCCCUUCAGUUUGCACAGAGUCGACAGGAUACAGUAAGGCAAAAUGAGGCAGAGUUAAUGUUGACUGGAUCCCAGGAGGCUGAAUCCUCUCAAACGGGAGCAGAUUCUGGAGCCUUCUCAGCAACUCAUUCUAGUGAGAAAUAUCAAGACCAUGAUGCUUUAGAUUCUCAUAGGAGUGGAAGUGAUAAACUUGAUACGUUCCGAUUUGGCACAACUCCAAGAGAUUUUGUUGGACUCACUGAGACUAACAGUACAUUAGCAUGUGAUUCUACACCUAGGGACCAGUCUAAUAACUCUGAUACAGGGAUAAACAUGAAGUUUACACCUAGAGAUGAUGAAUUAUUGUCAACUUCAAACACAUUUACUUCAAAUGCUACUCCCAGGGACCCUACCGUAUUAGGUGUGACUCCCAGAGACAAUUAUUCCCCUCGAGAAAUUACGGAAAAUUCUGAUCCUUCAUCAUUAGGAUUUCUAUAUCAUGGAGAAAAUUCACAACGAAGUACUGGGUCAUUCAAACUUGAUUCAGCAAGGUCGUCAAAUGGAAAUGGCAAUGGACAUAACCAUGUCGAUCCUAAGGAAAUGAGUAUAAUUCAGGAGAAAACAGAAUACGAAGGAUCUGACGGCGAGGGCGAUCCAAAUUAUUAUCAUCGUUAUCGAGAUAUUCUUGAUGAGGAGGAAAAGGAAGAUGAUUCAGAUGCUGAAAGAAGCGAUGAAGAUGUUAUUAUGCCAAGAACUCUAAAUGAUGUAUCAGGAAAGUUUGGCGGAAUUCCAUCUUCUGAUCAUUCCUUUCACCGGACUUUAAAGCCCAGGGAUAAGAUGGUGUCAAAUGAUAUUAAUAGUAGUGCUACAAAUGUAAGAGACAAAAUGAAUGGGGAUAGUUUCUUUGACAUUGAAUCUGUUCCAAACUCUAGAACGCCACAACGAACUCAGGUUUUACGAGAACAGUUUGUUGAAAAAGAUAGCUGGUUUUCUGAUAAUGAAGAUGAUGAGGAAAACGAAAGAUCACGAUAUAAACCAUCAUGGAGUCCUAAGAGUAACAAGCAUGAGGAAUUUAAUUUAAAUCUUCACGAAAAUAUUGAUGAUUUGAACAGAAGUGGUGAUGCUGACACUGAUCGUUUACUUGAAAAUGUUGACCUAGAGUCUGAAAAUUCUGGUAGUGUCACACAAAGAGAACGAAUGUCGCGUGUGUCAUCAGCAGGAAGUCAACGAUCUUUACCAUCUAGAUCUGAAUAUUCAGCGGAAAGUGAUCAUGUGCCAAAAUCUCCUAGAGCUUUAUAUAACAAAGUUGUUGACGAACUUGACGAUUAUUUUUAUCCAAAUGAAACAACUCCAAAGACUCGAGAUCAUACAGAGGCCAAAUUAUCUGUAGAAAGUGCUAAUAGUUCUCGCUCAGCAACUCCAGUGCCAACAAUAAGAGAAAGUGAAAUUGACACUAACUUAAGGAAUAGUGAUGCUAACCAAUAUUCUGACUAUGAGGAAGAUGAUUUUGAAAGUAGAAAAACUAAAAAGUCAUCUUUUAAAAGUGAAAGUAGAACCUCUGCUAUGCCAAACUUUUUCCUUCCUGCUCAGCAUUUGGAAGCUUCAAUGAAAGCACUAGAUAUAGCUACGUCAGGACCUUCUCAUCCAAAUAGUGAAAAGGAUUCUGAUGUGUCUGAUGAUCCUGAAAGACAACAAGGGAAGACAAAGGAGGCAUUCCAUAUGAAACAGAAACUUUCUGUGGACAAGAAAAAAUUUAAUGGACAAACAAAGGGCAGACAACUCCCAACAGCUGAAGAAGCAAAAAGAAUAGCCAAGAUUUUCUCAUCCAAGCUGUCAUGAAUACUUAACAAUAUUAUGUAAAUUAUCUUUUGAUAUUCUGAAGUGCCAAAAUAUUUGUAUUGGGUGUAAGAUGCAUUUGGUGUUAAUGCUCGUUGUAUGUCCUGUUCUCCGAUUGGUGAAUUAAUGAAUCGCUUGUGUUUCAUGCACAAGUGGUGUAAAAAAGGAAAUUAUUCAUACAAUAUUUACAAAAAAUGUGGUCAGAAUAGUAUUGGAAAUAUGUUUGUAUUCUACAGCUCCGUGAUUGUAGACAUAUAUAAUAUCCAAAAGACUGAAAUCAAUUAUACGACCGCAAAUUUGAGGUAGUAAUAUGUUAUGGUGGUUCUUGUUGUUGCUAAAAUACAUUUCUGAAAACAGAAUCCUAGAUAGGGUCAGUUAAGUAGGUAAAUAGUCGGUAAGAAGAAAAAAUACAGUGAAAUAAAAUAUAAGUGAUAUCAAUUUUAUCCUGAAAAUAUGUUGUUAUUGAUUAAUUUUGUUAAGAUAUAUGCGAACCAAAUACAUAUGUCUGUUCCUGGCCUUAGUUGGAGUCUAAUACCAAUCAUGCAAUGGCAAACUAUAAUCGUUGAUAUUAUUCUACAAAACACACUUUCUGUAAUCAUUGUUAUCCAAAAGCUAAGCUCAUUAAUGAAUAGGAGGAUCAAUUUGUGGAGAAUUUUUCUUAAGUAGAAUUUUUUACUUAUUCAGCUGAAAUAUUUCCCAUUUUUGAAUCAUAUUAACAAAAAGUAGCAGACAUGUAUAAUAUAUAUCUAACUUUUUUCAUUUUCAUUGCAAGAUAAACUUAUAAUCUAGUAAAUAGAUAUUAUUUUUACUUAUCAAUAUACCUCCAUCCAUUAAUUAAGUUAAGAAAUCAUUCAAUUGACUUGAAAUCAUUUCUAGAGACAUGUUUUUGGGGUUUAUUUUGAGGAAAAGAAGUUCCAGUCUGGGAAAAAGAGUUGGUCAGAGCUAAGAUUACCAUAAAUGGGGUCUACUCCCUGUAAGGGAAAAUAAACCUCUCAAUUAUAACUUUACAGUUAAGUUUCAUGAUUCUGCGGAUGUGUAGAGGGAAUAUAAAUAUGAUAAAUGAAACUCUAUUAUCUGCAGAUGAGUUGUAGAUAAACUUAUUUUUAAAAAGUAAAUAGGUAAUCAUAUAUGUAGAUAGUAUUAUUUGUUAUUUAUAAUUUUUGUUAGAUAUCAAGGCUAUUUUAUAUAUCUUUCAGCGAUAGCAUUUUUAUUUUUCUUAGAAAUGCAUGUUAAAAUAGUUAUAACUGACAUUAUUUCAUGACAUAUUGUUUGUUAAUUAGGACAUUAAUCUCCCAUUUUUCAUUACUUUUGUAUUUGAUUUUGACAUGUGUUUCUCUUAUUUAUCAAUUUCAGUCUUUGACUGGUUUUAUCUGUGAUAAUAUACUAGUGUAGUCCUUAUAUAAUUCCACCCAGUUUACAGAGGCGGAUCCAGAAGGGGCUCUGAGGGGCCUGGUGCCCCCUCCCCUUUUCGUGGGAAAAAUUUGGUUGAUUAUAUAGGGAUUCACGGAAUAUUUGAUUUCAUGGUUUUGCCAAAGUGUGCAUAAAUGCCAAUAGAAAAUUUAUUCUAUAUCCAUGAAAUUGACAAAAUAAUUAGUAUAACAAUAAUUAUAAUGAAUCAUCAUUAUGUAAGGUAGGUCAUAUCACAUCAUGUAGCUAUGUUACAAUACAUUUUUCAUGAUUUAAAAUUGUGUUAUAAGGGUACUUAACAUAUAAAAUCUCUUUCUAGUAUAGUUUGGCUAAGAUUUUGAAAUAGCUCAUAGUCGUCUUUGUUUAUGAAUUAUAAAUGAUAAAAAUACUUAUAUGUAUGUUCAUUUUACUUGGUUUUAAAUAUCUAUACAUUAUACUUUUUAUCAUGUAUUUAAAGAAAAUCAUUCCAUCUCAUGUGAAAACACUCUGAAUGUUUUUUAUUACCUGCUGGAAAAAUUAUAAGUAGAUAUUUUCAGUUUUAGAUUUCGAAGCCAUCUUUAAAAAGUAAUUCACUAAUUAUUAUUUUCAUCCAUGAACAGAAAUAUUAACAAUUCCUCAUUAAUAAUCCCAUUUGAAGAGUUUUACGACAUAGUCAUUUCAUUCAAAAGUCAGUAGGACAAUACUGUAGAGUCAAUUAUUUUCUUGGAUACCAAUUUUCGUGGGGAAGGAAAACUUACAUGUUCGUGGAUACUUAAAUUCGUUGUUUUGCAGAGUGACUCUACAUACAAGCAUUAAGAAAAAAGUUCAUUCAUUGAACAUUUUAUUUCUUGGUUCAACUAUACCCAAGAAAUCUACGAAAAUCAGUAUCCAAUGAAUAAUACUGAUUCCACAAUAGUUAAAAAAUGCAUUUAUUUAUAGAUACUUGUAGAUGGCAUUUCUGUAGCUGAGGGUAUUAAGAUUAGAUUUAUUAUACCAGUAGGUAUUGUAAAGUACAAGAGACAUUUUUAUAUAUCUUUACAUGUACAAUAGUCCUAAGCUUAUAAGAGAUAAAGAUCUGUGUGUGUUUUUGUAACAAACAAUAUUAAAUUUUACCUAAAGGUGUCAAAUGCAUAACUAUUCAAAAUAUAAUUCUUAACUAUGCAGCUGUGUUUGUAUCUAAAUGAUAAUUUCUUUUUGCAUAAAAAAAAUCUAUCUUAUUGAAAUUUGGAAAAUAGAUAAUUUUAUAAAUUCAGUACUUCUGAUUUCUGAUUUUUUGGACCAAAUUUAAUUUGUGACAUUUUAAAUGUUUAUUGUUAUUUUUUCCUUUUUUAUAACAGUAGACUUCAAACAUUCCAGUUUUUUAUGAAAGCAUAUUUUUUACAUACAAGGAAAUGACAUUGAAUACUUAUAAGAUGCAUGUCAAACUUUAUUUGAUGAUAUUAUCUUUCUUUUUAAUGUUAUGGAUAUUAUUAUUAUUUUUCUAUUUAAUUGAAUAUUUAAGGUAAAUAAUGGGAUUUUUAAUUGUCCGUCCAAUAUUUGUAAUGUUGUACAAAGUAUAAAUGAACUGUGACUUGUUUAUAUUUGUACAUAUUGUAAGUUAUUUAUAGAAACAGGUCUUUCCCUACACAAAAUAAAACAAUAAAGGAAAUAGAGAAGUUUA